UGUUUUUCUCUUAUGAUUAUUAAAUUUGUUCUCUUUUUCAUAAAUUUUAAAUCAUCCCCGCGAACAUCGAAUUCCCGCUCGCUAUGCCACAAAUUCCCUUUAUUUUACUUCCCUCUACUCAAGAAACCCACCCGCCCACUUUCUCUUUGUUUUUUGUGUCUGCUUUUUUUCUUUGCCUUUUUAAAUCGUCCUUUUAGCUAUUUUUGAAUAAACAUUUGUUCCUCCUCCACUAAUUCUUCCUCCACUUUCUUCAGAAAUUUUUCUUUUAUAAUUUUUAUUUUUAACUUCUGUUUGUGUUGUAGACUCCUCAAAAUUAUUUAAUUUAACAUUUUUAUUGCUGGUUUGUUGUUCUGUAUAGUAAAGGUUGUAGGCGAGAAAAGUACAUUCAUGGGCGAUUAUAUGCUCCUAGGAAAUAUUUAAAGGAUGAAGUUUUUUGAGGGAAAAAUUUUUGAUGCCUAAAUUGGACAUUCUGUCCGUUUUGAGGAAUUUAACCGUUAUGGACUUUGCAAUUUUAUCACUUUUGGACAUUUUUAAAAAUUUUAGCCGUCCAGGUCUUUUGAGAAUUUUAAGUAUGAUGGACAUUUUGAGUAAUUUAGCCAUUAUGGACGUUUUGAGAAUUUUAUCAUUCUUAGACAUUUUGAAAAAAUUUAGCCUUUCUGACCCUUUUGAUAAUAUUACCUAUAAUGGGUAUUUUGAGAAAUUUAGCAUUUCUGGACAUUUUGAAAAUUUUUAGCUAUAUUGGACGUUUUGACAUUUAGUUAUUGUGGACUUUUUGGGCAAUUUAUUGACAUUGGGCGUUCGGAAAAAUUUAACCCUUUUGGACGGACCACAGACAACUCACGCAAACGGCCAUUUAUCC